AGAAGGAUGCAGGAACAGAGACCAGACUCUCCUGGACCCAGCUGUGUGUCCAUGAAGAGUGACCGGUCUAUGGGUUGUUUUAUUAAGUUUAAAGAUGGACGUCCUGCUAAUGGAAGAGUUCAACAGGAGAGCUCCGAGGUUCACAGAGAUCAAUCAGACCAGCAGAAUCUAACAGACCUGGACUCCAUCUUUAUGCUGCUGGAUGAGAACAUCAUCACCUUUGUGAAGAACGAGCUGAAGAGAGUCCAGAGGGUUCUGAGUCCAGAUUACCCAGAAUGCUUAGAGAGUCAGAGUGAGGAUGAAGAGCAGGGGAGAAGCUGUAAAGAGGCAUUUUUAAAGAUCACUCUCCACUUCCUGAGGAGAAUGAAGCAGGAGGAGCUGGCUGACUGUUUGCAGAGCAGUAAGAACAUUUUAACAGAUUUAGUAUUUUAGA